CGUCAUCGUUUUACCCGCGUUCGUUGAACAGCCCACUUUGUUUGGCGGGAUUGAGCUGAGGAGAGCCUGCUAUUAUCAUCUAAUCGGAAUCAUGGAGUUUUCUGUAAGAAGGAGGAAGAUCAUUGCCAACUCUCAGACGGAGUAUGAACACAUUCUGCAGUUCUAUGGGCAGCCUCCUCUGGAAAACAUCUCCCUCACUGAGUUUGAGACGUUUGCUGUGGAGAGACUGAAAUUGUUGAAGACCGUCGAGAAUUUGGGAGUGAGCUACGUGAAACUCUCUGAACAGUAUUCACAUAAACUGGAGAAAGAGUUAAAAAACCUGAACUUUCCUUACAGACCAGAGGCUGAUGACAAAAAACCUCUGAAUGGAACGAGUGAGAUCGAGAAACGAAGAAAGGACCAUAUCUCCCAUUUCAUUCUCAGACUUGCCUACUCCCAAACGGAGGACCUGAGACGUUGGUUUAUACAACAGGAAGUUGAUCUUUUCCGCUACCGCUUUAAUGACCUGGGUUCAUCACUCAAGGUGGAAUUUCUUAAGCGAAAUAAUCUGCAAUAUGACAAGAUUACUGUCGAGGAGAAGGAGACUCUGAGGGAAAAACUUGUCAACUCCAGUUACGCCGUCAGUGGAGUCACGCUGGAGAGUCAGGACUUCUACAAAGUUCCUUUCCAAGAUGCCCUGGAUCUCGUGCGAAUGAGGAAAGUGUACCUCAAAGCUGGCUACGUGUACAUCCCUCAACAGGACAUCGUCGCCAUCGUCCUCAACGAUUUCCGCACUCGACUAUCCAAAGCUCUCGCUCUGACAGCGCGCUCGUUACCAUCCGUGCAGUCUGAUGAACGGCUCCAACCGCUCCUUAACCACCUCAGUCAUGCCUACGUGGGACAGGAUUACAGCAUCCAGAAGAAUGUUGGGAAAAUCUCCCUGGAACAAAUUGAUUCGCUUUCAGGAAAGUCCUUCCCGCUCUGUAUGAGGCAGCUCCACCAGAGCCUCAGAGAGAACCACCAUCUCCGCCAUGGUGGUCGCAUGCAGUACGGCCUCUUCCUCAAAGGCAUCGGCCUCUCUCUGGAGCAGGCGCUGCAGUUCUGGAGGUCAGAGUUCAUAAGAGGCAAAGUGGAUGCAGACAAGUUCGACAAACAGUACGCCUACAGCAUUCGCCACAUGUUUGGCAAAGAAGGCAAACGGACAGACUACACCCCCUACAGUUGCAUGAAGGUGAUUUUAUCAAACGCACCCAGCCAAGGCGACCAUCAUGGAUGUCCAUUCCGUCACAGUGACCCCGAGCUGCUGAAACAGAAGCUCCAGUUCUACAAGGUGUCUCCCAGUGGAAUCAGUCAGAUCCUGGAGCUGGUUAAAGGGAUGCACUAUCAACUCGCCUGCCAGAAGUACUUUGAGCUGACACACAAUACUGAGGACUCCACUUUCUCUCUCAAUCAUCCGAACCAAUACUUUAUCGAGAGCCAGAGAGUUUUGGGAGGAGGCAAAGAAAUAAAGAAAGAGAUGGACGCACCACAGAGGUUGCAGGAAAAAUCUGCAGCCCAAGGAUCCGGCGCAGCUCGAGAGGCGACGGCGAACGCUGCCCAGGGUUUGGUUGAGAUGACGGAAGAUCUGGACGCUUACUUCCAAGACGCCUGAUUUCAUUUUAUCCUUAAGAUAUGUAGAAAUAAAAGUUUGUUUAGUCUGUCUUCUGAGGAUUGAGGAGCCAAAAUUCUAAUCAGAGUUUAACCAUUUACAGUCACUGUCUCCGCCUUGUUAUGUAUUAAAGUUUCUUAUUUUCAA